CAUGUUCAACCAAACAAACCAAAAAAAGAACCCUAAUCUGCAAAUUCUACAUCAAUCUCGUCCAGUUUCUUUGUGAAAAGCCGUCUGUUUGCAACUGGAUGUUGCAAAUUGGGGUUCUUGAAUUCAUACCUGACGCUCGCGUUGCUGUCAAGUAUCCUACUUUGGUGCUUUUUAUUAUCCAAGUAGUUCGAGGUUUCCGAAUGAGAGCAUUUAGCGUCAAGCGGUUGAGUUCAUCCUCUGCCGCACUUCAUUAGUUCAAUUGCUGCAGCAGUGAGCUACUGGCGAAGGCCUGCAAGAUACAAUGGCUGAUUUAUCGCUUCAUUGUUGCAGUCGAAGAUGCUGAUCCUCUGGGAACACCUGGAAUUGGAUUGUUUGUGUUUGUCCGUACUUAACGCAGGAGAAGCAAGGCAAUAGCUUUCAGUUCUGCAGCAGCUUAUGGGGUUGCUGCCAACACUUUGUUUCAGAGCAAGUUUCCAGUAGCUUCUCAACAUGGUUGGCCAAUGGCUGAUUCUUAUAGCUUUUAUCCUUUACGCGAGAAGUCAACUAUCCAUCUGCCGACUUCAAACGCACAGCUCGCCUAUGGAGAUGAUGAGGUAUAGGACGGAGCUAUGUUCUUAGUGCAUGCGGUCAUCUUCUUCCCCGUUGGUAUUGAAGGGCAUAUCCAUAGCUGAAAUACAGAGGUUUAUACCUAGGAAGUGGAAAGAAAGUGCUAAGCUACAGGUGGAUAAUACUGUGGUGGAGGCUCCAAUUCGCCAGAGUUAUGCUAUUAAGGAUGGGCAUAUCAUGUUGAGUUUCUUAGUAAGCUGUCUUAAAGAUUACACAAGCCAAGGAAAUGUCUCCAAAGCAUUCGAAACAUUCUCUUUGGUGCAGCGCCAUGCUCGGUCCUUUGCAGCUUGUGACUCUCUCGUACAUUCCAUCUCUUGUCUUCUCUUCUCUUGCACCGAGCAGAAAUCGGUUUGCCAAGGUAGGCAGCUCCAUUCCCAUGUCAUCUCGUUGGGUUUGGAUCGACAUCCUGUUUUGGUUCCAAAGCUUGUUACUUUCUACUCAAAUUUCGAUUUCGUAGUUGAUUCUCAUUCUAUUGUUGAGAAUGCAAAUAUUAUGCACCCUUUGCCUUGGAAUUUGCUCAUAUCUGCUUAUGUUGGCAAUGGGAUGUAUCAAGAGUCUCUUUCUGCCUAUAAACAGAUGGUGAGUAAAGGAGUUAGACCAGAUAAUUUCACUUAUCCGUCUGUUCUGAAGGCUUGUGGUGAACUGUUGGAUCUCCCUUUCGGAAGGGAGGUUCAUGACGCCAUUAAUGCUAGCUCUCAUGGAUGGAGUUUGUUUGUGCAUAAUUCCUUGAUAUCCAUGUAUAGUAAAACUGGGGAAUUGGAAGUUGCCCGUCGUUUGUUCAAUGAAAUGCCGGAAAGGGAUGCAGUGUCAUGGAAUGCUAUUAUUUGUGGUUAUGCAUCAAGGGGCUUGUGGAAGGAAGCAUUUGACAUAUUUGAGAAAAUGCAGUUAGAAGUUGAUGACAUAACCAACAUAACAUGGAACACUGUGGCAGGAGGUUGUUUACGUGGUCGGAACUUCUUAGGUGUCCUUUACCUGCUCUCUAAGAUGAGGUAUUAUGUUAAUUUGGAUUCAGUAGCACUUCUUAGUGGUUUAAGUGCUUGUUCCCAUAUUGGAAGCCUUAAAAUAGGAGCUGAGCUUCAUGGAUUUGCGAUUCGCAGUUGUUAUGAUGGAUUUCAUAAUGUCAGGAAUGCCCUAAUUACCAUGUACUCAAGGUGCAAUGACCUGAGGCAUGCUUAUAUUUUGUUUUCUUCGAUGGAAACGAAGACUAUUGUUACUUGGAAUUCCAUGAUCUCUGGCUUUGCCUAUCCCGGUCUAUCUGAAGAAGCAUCCUUAGUAUUCAGAGAGAUGUUGCUUGCUGGGGUUGAACCCAAUUAUGUUACUAUUGCAAGCAUCCUUCCCAUGUGUGCUCGAAUUGCGAAUCUAAGACACGGGAAGGAGUUCCAUUCAUACAUUCUUAAACGUCUCGUUCAUAAAGAUUGUCUAUUGCUAUGGAAUGCCCUGGUUGAGAUGUAUGCGAGAUCUGGUAAGCUUCCAGAAGCUAAAAGGCUGUUCGAUUCAAUGACCACGAGGGACGAGGUGACCUAUACCUCACUAAUCGCCGCUUAUGGGAUUCAGGGAGAUGGACAUACUGCACUGAAACUAUUUUAUGAAAUGAAUAGGUACAAGAUCCAACCAGACCAUGUUACCAUGGUCGCGGUUCUUUCAGCUUGUAGUCACUCAGGUCUGGUAACUGAAGGGGAAAUGUUGUUUCGAAAAAUGUCUAGUAUGUAUAACAUAGUUCCUAGAUUGGAGCACUUUGAUUGCAUGGCUGAUCUCUUUGGGAGGGCUGGGUUGUUAAAUAAAGCCAAGGAGAUAAUCACGACUAUGCCUUACAGUCCAACACCUGCUAUGUGGGCUACACUCCUAGGAUCAUGCAGGAUUCAUGGAAAUAUAGGUAUGGGGGAAUGGGUGGCGACGAAAUUAUUGGAGUUGAAGCCAGAAAAUUCGGGUUACUAUGUCUUGGCUGCUAACAUGUAUGCUGCAGCUGGCUGUUGGGAUAAGCUAGCGAUGGUUAGAACUUUGAUGAGGGACUCUGGUGUGAAGAAGUCUCCAGGGUGUUCCUGGGUUGAUGUGGGUUCUGGGUUUAGGCGUUUCUUGGUGGGAGGUACACCGGAACAGCAUGCCCAUGAGCUGUAUCCAUUAUUGGACGGGAUGACAGAGCUAAUGAAAGAUUUAGGUCAUGAUUCAUCGUCGGUGGAUUUUAGCUCUGAAGAUGAAGCCCUACAGGCAGCUGGAUGAUGUUUUCUUUCUUCCAACUGCAGAGGGAUGUUGCAGUUUUUUCAGCUCUCAUCCACCAGGACAACAAUAGUUUCCAGAAGAUGCCAUCCUGGUACUUUCAGCUGCAUGUGAAUGCAUUUGUGUUUACAGUAAUGCUAUAUCCUCCUGUGAUUCAGUUGCAUGAAGGGGAAUUUGUCUUGAAAUAGUUCCUUUGACAGUUGAUUUCGUCACAAGAAUGGGAGGUUUCGCAAUGGAGGAUGGUUGAGUUCAUUUCAAGCUUCUAAUGAAAGCUUGGUCUGCUGUUUUAGCUGCUCGUACUAGCAGUGGAGGAACUGCAACAGGCAAGUAGCAUUCUGCACAGCCAUUACAUCAGGUUUUUCAAUCUGGCCUCCACUGACCAGCUUACAUCUUUCCUCACAGGACUUCGAAUCUCCUGUUCGGUCUCUGCUUUUGUUGGCAAACUAGCCAGCCAAAUGCACCAGUAUAGCAAAGAAUGGUACUCUAGGAACCAUUUGAUGGAGAGGAGAAAAGAUGGCCAAUACUACCUGACAGUAGACUGCUGACUGCUCUUCAACUAAUGGAACACGACUUGGUUGGUGAUUGAUCCCUUGCUGGGAAGGAAUCUGGUGGUGGGAUGGUGUUGUACAGAAGAACUUUUGGCCUGUAAUUUGGCUGGUGUAGAAAAUGUACCAAAGAAACGAUCCCUAGAAGC